CCCGCCCGGCUCCGGCCAGCCGCGCCUGGAGACCACUGACUCUCCCUCCUGCCGCCGCCCGGCUGCGGGUCUCGCGUCCCAGCCAAAGCCGCGAAGAUAUCGGGGUCAUGUGGAGGGCUGCCCAGGCGGUGCUCGGAACCCCCAGGAUCCCCCUCCUGCCCCGGAGGUCGAUGUCCACAUCGACCCUUCACUCCCAGAAGUCCGCGGCCCUGACCGUCACGCCUAAGACUGGGCUGGCCGUCGAGCUCCUGCACAUUCAAGUGGAAGCCUUAGGCCCGAGGGAGCGGGCGACCCUGCGGCCGUCGGCAGUCAGCUUCCGAGGCCGCCCCUUCCAUUCGCUGGCGCACUACGAGGCGGACGGCCGCGGGGGCUUGGACCCGGCCAGGGCCCCGGCUGUGGGCGGCGACUUCACGGGCGUGGAGCCCAUGGGGCUCCUGUGGAGCCUCUCGCGGGUCGGCUGCGAGGAUCCCUGCUUCAACCAGGUGCCGAGGGGCGUGGUGAGAAGCCCGCUCAAAGUGGAGGUGACCGUCCACCGCGCGCCGCCGCAGCCGGCGGUGUCGCUGGGCCCGGCGCUGGCCUCCGCUCAGGUGCAGCGCUGGUUCUCCAGCCCCGAGCUGCGCCGUGCUCGGCUGCAGGCCGGCCGCCUGCGGGGCGUCUUCUUGCUGCCCCCGGGAUCCUUUGGAACAACUAAGAAUCUUUCAAAUGAGAGAUUUAAAACAUUUCAUAGUUGAGGGUAAGUGGCUUUUCUUUUCUUUUCUUUCUUUUUUUCUAAAGAGUCUAAAAGGUAGUAGCAAGUUUACAUACUGGGGAUCAAAUAGCUGAAUUGAAACAAAAUUAACAAAUUCUCAGUUAUUUUAAUGUUGUAAACCUGUGGUUGGAAAAAUCCAUUGCUGGAAUAAUUGAGGACCUAUGUGUUAUGUCUUUUUCAUGGUUUGCUUUAGGCUUUCUAAAAGUAAACUUGAGUCCUGAGAUGCUUGAGAUUUAUCUAAUUUUAAAAAGAGCAGAUCAAGAUAUGUCAAGUUAUCUGAAUGUUAAGAAAACUAUACUGUAAAAACUGCUACCUAAACAUAUACAUCCUGGCUUUCACUUUGGUGACUAGGUGUGCCUUAAUUUCUUUCUAGAUUUGAAAAUUUAGAAUGGCCUUUUGCACUGGAAUUUUAGAUUUCUUAGUUUGGUUUAUAGUCUAAUGUUCUUGCCCCUCCAUCCGUUUUUAUAGAUUUAUCUGGGACUUUUAUUGGAAUAACACAGAAGAAUAUAUCUGAAAAAUACUAGGAGGGAAUUGGCUGAGACAUUCCUCUCUUGGAAUGGUGAAUGAAUAACAUAACCUACCAUAGAAAUGUUGAAAGAGAAAUGACUUCAACAUCAGAAGGAAAUAGUUUGACACUUUACUCUCUUUCUACUGUGAGGGAGCAAUAAUUUACUGUCCCCUUCAAAGUCUCUCUAGCUGGAUUAAGAAUCAAAUUGACAUGAGACAGAUUAAUAGGAGGAAAUGAAACUUAGCUUUUUAUAUACGGGGAAUCCACACAGACAUGGAAAUUCCAAAGACAGUGAGGCAAAACGAAGUAUAUAUGUCAUCCUGAACUAAGGAGAAAAGGUUUGGGGUCUAGGACUUUGAAGGGAAGGAGUGCAGCUCACAGGGCAAUAAGAAGACCAGAUGUUUGGAAAUUAGAUUUUUU